CUUGACCUCGUUUGUGUGAUGAACUGCGGCUUCACUGCCUUGAGUCUUUCUUUCUUCUCGGUUCUCUUCCACUGAAACAUCAUUUUUGGAACAUAGAGUCUGAUCAUAGAAUUCUAUGAUCAGGUCUCAGCCGUUCACUACCACUACUACCUAGGAAACCACUCUGUUCAUUUGUCGUUUGCAGUCAAUUUGUCAUUCUGCACCCGCCUGCCAAAGCUCUGGCUCAACACAACAAACUCCAUUUUCACCAUUCCGACUCCCACCGCCAACUCGGCUUCAAUAUUGGCAGUGGGUCUUUGAAGUCUCAAGUGACCGAGAUAUACUGCCACAGAGUCCUUCACCAUGGACUCGAUGAGAUCUCUCAACACCUCCUUACCUUCCUCAUCCUCCGCUUCUCGUCAACCACCACCAGAACAAUUACUUCAAGCUUUCCGCAGUGCUGCCCUGUCCGUUACAAACCUCUAUAAAUCAGCAGUUACAGAUCAGGCAAAAAGUCGACAAGCCGGGUACCAAGAAGCUCUUGAAGAUCUUCUCGGUUUCCUUGACCGAGAAAACCUCGGCUUACAAGACGGAGAGGGAUGGCGUGUGCGGCAGUGGGCUACAGAGCGCUACGAUGGAUCUUCACAUCAGCAAAAUGAUAGUGACGACGACAAGAGUGACGCUGACACAAGACCUCGAAGCCUCUCACCCGUUAGGGCUCGAUCUCCAGAACAGACGAGAACUCACUCGGAACCGCCUCGCAUCGAGAUCACGACUCAGACAGAACCCGUACAGACACUACCUACUCAAGAUCAAACAGCUCCUCCUCCAGUCUUCCAAUUCACCGGCAACUCUACGUCGGACGAUAUGCAGACUGACGAGACGGCCAACACUCCUUAUCCGGAACCACACUCAACUCCAACUAGUUCGAGCACAGCGCCAAUUCGGCUAGAGGUGGUCAACAACCGUGGCAGUCGCACUCCACACAGGCACAACAAUCAACGACAUGGCUCCAAGUCGAAUAAUCGAGAAUUUACCUUUACCGCCGGCACGAAACGCAAACUGCAAUUUCCCGACUUUUUCGACAUCUCCAACAUAGGAGCACGGGAUGGCUUUGGUAGCAGCAAGCGAGGGCGAAUGACGUGAGGGAUGCGUAUUGUUGUGAUUGAGUGGACUUCCAGCGUUCCAGCAUUUUGCACCAUGGAUCAAGAUAGACUUUUGGAGCAGCAGCCAGACAUUCGUAUGACGGACAUGACACAGCAUAGCGCGCAUCUUGUUGUUUGUACGUAUUCUAUAGUGAAGAUGGCCCUGGUGGCAGAUAGCAUCGACGGGCAAGAGUGCCGCGGGAUAUUCACUGUCGUUAUCCUAGUGAUGAUUUACAGAGUGCCUAUUUCACAUGAGAGGGCCAUGAUUAAACAUGUUAUCCUAGUGAUGAUUUACAGAGUGCCUAUUUCACAUGAGAGGGCCAUGAUUAAACAUGUUCU